AGCAGAGUGUGGUGAUUUUCAUUCCCCCUGUGGUGUAUCAAAGCGCGUUUAUAUUUGCACAAUUUGCCGGCAGAAAAAUUAUCACCUAAAAUCGUAAACAAGCAGUAAAGAAUUAAAGACUAUAAGUAAAAAAAAUAAACUAUUGACAAAUAUGCCAAAAACAAAGAAGAUAGAGGAGAAUUCCGAUUCGGAUUCUGGUCCAGACGAUCGCAAUCCUCCACCGUCUAAAAAAGCAAAAGACGGUCCUUCUAAAACAGAUGGAAAUGAUUACUUUGAACUCGAUCGCAAUCGUCGAGUAAGUUUGAGCACAUUCAAAGGAAAACAAUACUUAAACAUAAGAGAAUAUUAUCAAGACAAAAGUUCUGGUGAAUGGCGUCCUGGAAAAAGUGGAAUAACAUUAACAAAGAAAGAAUGGAAUCAAUUGUUAGAGUUGCAGCCUAAAAUAAAUUUCAAUGAUUAAAGAUUGGUUCAAAAAUUUCUUUUAAUAAAUCAUCCUAAUAAUUGUUCUUAUUUUUAUAAACUAUCUCUUAAAGUUCAACAGUUUAAAGUUCUUUCUUAUUGAAAAAAUAUUUAAGACUUUCAGCAUUAUCAGAUUAAAUUGGUGGUCUCGGAUAAAUCAACUCGAAUGUGUUAAUUUUAUAAUUUUUUGCUUUCUCCAUGCAUUUUUCUAUAAAAUCAGCUUGUUUCUGUGCACCUCCAAAGUUUGCUUGAUAACAUGGAUGCUCUUCUAACAAUUUUAAAUAUGUUCGAAGUUUCGGAUAUUUUUGAUUAUUGAUUGGGAUAAGGAGAUCAAGAACAAGAAGCGUUGACCAAACACUAAAAUCAGCCAAUGUCAUAUCAUUUCCCGCUACAAAUUGAUUUCCUUCAGAGAAUAAUCUUUCGGUAUUUUCGUAUCCCCGUUCAACGUAUUUGAUCUUGGCAGAAGAAAUAGUUAAAUCUCGACCGGAAAUUGAGAAAUUAACAUACGUGAAUUUCAAACAGUCUUGCAAAUAAAUAACUCGCUUCAAAAAACAAUAUUUGAUUUAUACGAGUUCUUUUAAGUAGGUCUUUUGGAUAUAGAGAAUCC